AUGGGGCGUUUGCUUCAAAAGCCAUACAGGAACUAUUUUUAUGUACUUGUGAUAGUAAUCUCUGUAACAGAUGCCUCAAACGUCUUCGAUGUGCGUGGAAAAAUUCUCAGCCGCAAUAAAGGCCUGGCUUAUGCCAAGUUUAAAGUUCACAAAUUUUCCUACCUAAAUAUCACUGGCAUUGGUUCAAGUUAUGUUCCCGAUGACACUGAGUGUGGACUUGCUUGUGUCAGUAUACCUUCAUGCUUCUCCUUCAACCUGGCUGCGUUUCAUGACAUCAUUGGUAAACUGCUGUGUGAAUUACUUCCAUCAGACAUGUACAACAACUCGGACAAGUUUGCCGCCAGUCACAGUCACCAUCACUUCAGUGUCACAUCUCCUUGCAUCAGUUGGCCUUGUCAAAACAAAGGAACUUGUGCCCCGCAGUAUGAGGAAAACAACUACGUGUGUCUUUGUGCGAAAGGAUACAAAGGGAAACACUGUGAAAUCGACAUUGAUGAAUGCUCUCAGGGCUCGCACACUUGCGAUGUCAAUGCUUAUUGUAACAACACAGUGGGAUCCUACAGGUGCACUUGUAAGCCACACUAUUAUGGAAACGGAGAAAUCUGUAAAACUUUUGCUCUGAAUGCAUCCGCCAUUCUCAGUAAACUUGACUACAACAAGUACCUGGGAAUAUUGAGGUCUUAUUUGAGUCCAGUUCUCAUGGAUUUAGACCACAGUGUAUUCGUGAGAUGCUGGCAUGCCAAGACAGACGGAUGGGCGGCAGCGACAUUUCACAACAACUGCGAUGGAAAGGGACCCACAGUGACAAUCAUCCAGGUUAACUCUCACAUAUUUGGUGGAUAUACUAACGUACCAUGGAAUGGGAACCCGUGCCGUUAUGUUUCAGCCAAUAAGUCCUUUAUCUACUCGCUUCACAAUAUCAAUGGAUAUUCACCGGUGAAACUCACUAAGAAAAAUAAUUCCGAUCCUGUCAUCGCGGACUGUCUCAUUUUGGGACCCUCGUUUGGAGGAGAAGAUAUCAGAUUAGCCAGCGACGCCGUCAACAACAAUGAGUCAUACACCUACUGUGGUCACACGUACACCGCUCCCCCUGGAUACACGCAUGCCAACUGCCCAUUUUUUGCCGGUAGCUUUCGGUUCUCUCCUACCAACAUCGAAGUAUUCUAUGAAAAGCUACCUUAAAGAUUUUGUCACCACAAUUGCCUUCAGGAUAUGCAUCAGCAGACAACUAAGAAAACUGAUGCACUCAUCUUCCUUUGCACUCAUGCACAGUUUUUUCUAUAACUGCGAUACACUUUUAGAUUAGUUUGUAAGUUGUCAAGUUAUAAAUAGGGACCUUUAGCAAACCACGAUGGCGACGGCAACGAGAAAGUGGCAAAACAAAAGAUCUAAUGAGCAGAACAGUAGCUCAGGACGUGCGUUCUAAAACUAUUUACAUCUCCCAGCAGUGCACUGCAAAAUAAAAACGUGAAAUCAUCAAACUUUGCGUGGUCCGAGAAAGGAAACCCCGACGGCAGAUUAUUUAAGUUUCUAUUUGGAGCUCAACGCCGCUCUCAUACGUUGUGCUGAGGUUCACUUGCGGCACCAUAAGAGAUGGUAAGCACAUCCAGUCAUUUGCGAAAUUCCAACUGAAAAUAUGAAUUCAUUUUUAUAUCGAUGUCUUCCUUGGCGUUGCUGUCCUAACUGCUAAAGUUCCCUAAUUAUAACUGGACGACAGUGUGAAUCUGCAUUUCAACGGAAUACAGUAUGAAUACAUCACAUGAUGUAACUGAAGUUUUCUGAACUCGUGUUUACUCACUUUAAUUAAUAUGCUUUUUGUGUUAAAGUAGGGUAUUGACCAAAAUAAAAGAACUUGUGAGAAAAAUCGUUUGGUUCAUUACACGCUUCGAUAAAUAUUUAAUUUAUGGUACUGGUCUGACCGUCUUAUAAAAAAAAGUAGCCUGCUCUGUGCGUUAAGUGGGUUUAAAAAAAUGUGCGAUAGUAGCAGCAAUUUUUUCAUAGCCACACAUACCAAGCAACCUGGAUACAUUUAUUAUCUCAUUAGGAUGUUCGUGGGCUAGGUACAACUGUUCAUUCUUUGCGCCACGCUUUUUGAUAAGAAUAUUUGUGACUGUGAAUAUUUUGUGACCAAAGAUGUUCUACGUUUCAAUCGAAACUAAUAAAAAUAUAUUUGUGGAAAACGGAUAACAGUCAGCACCGACUGUAGAUUUCCAUCUUCACUAAAGUCAAACAACCAGAUGUCUACCUUCAUAAAGUCACUGAAAAUUACGAAUACGUUUCGGCUGAGUUUAAUUUAAAUUAACAGGAAAAAGGGAAAUAAAAGGGAUUAGUUUCUAAAUAAACAGUAGUGCUGCGUCGAUGAGGAACACGUCAAGAUAAUUUUGUUUUAACCAUUGAGUUGAUAGCAUAAAUUGGCCACCUUAAAGAAGUUUCUGAAGCUCUUUCUAAAAAUCUUGGCGCUGGUUAAUUUUCGUUAUCAACUCAUUUGAUAAAUCAAAUUAUCAGAGAGAAAGUUGGGCUUCUCAGUCUCGAAGCCUUAAAGUUUCUUUUUCUUUCAUCCAUUUGAAGAUACGUCGAAAGGGCUAUAUUUGUCUUUAAAAAACUUGUUCAUGACAUUAAAAUAAAAAUAUCAGUUAUCUAUUAAAGAA